AUUUGACAAGUGUUUACAGUAUUCAAUUUUUUCCUAAAAAUUAUGAUUUUGGGUAAAAUUAUGACAGGAAAUUAAAAUUUACCAAUACUUGAAUUGACGUAAAAUUAACGAAUACUUUGGGCACGCUGUAUUUUUCAAGAUACAGAUAAAUUUCUGAAAAUAUUGAGUCAAAACAUGGCUUUUAAAUUAAUAUUUAGCAAUCGCAAUAAAUUAUUAUACAAUGCAGCAUUAAUACCACGUUUAUUUUACACAAGACCAAGAAUAUGUAGUUAUUUUUGUGUGGAUAUUAAAAAUUAUCCAAAAAAUGUCAAAUGUUACAAACAUUUUGAAAUUUAUCAAGAAAGAUAUUUUAGUCAAGUUAAAUUAAAUGUUUGUUGGAGUUGCGAUUCUGAAAUUGAUAAUCAUUUAUUUUGUUUUAAAUGUAAUAAAAUACAAAGAGUGCAAAAUGUAUCCAAUUAUUUUCAAGUGUUGGGUGUAUCAGAAAAAUUUGAUUUAGACACUAAAGAAGUCACUCAACGAUAUAGAUAUUUACAAACACUUUUGCAUCCAGAUAAGUUUGCUACAAAAUCGGAUGAAGAAAAAGAUAUUUCUGCGGAAUGGUCUUCGAUUUUGAAUAAAGCUUAUUCUACUUUACAUAAUCCAUUAGAGCGUGGUUUACAUUUACUUGCAUUGAAUGGAUUUUCGAUUGAUCAAGAACAAACGAAUCCAGAUUUGUUAGCCCAAAUUUUAAUGAAAUUUGAGGAAGCUGAAUCUGCAAGUGAUUCGAAAGACAUAGACAAACUACGUGAAAAUAAUCGAUCAACCUUCCAAGAAUUAGUCAAUAAAGUAUCCUUAGCAUUUCAAAAACAAGAUUAUAUACAAGCGAAAGAGUUAUUGUUAGAAAUGAAAUACUAUGAAAGUAUUCAUAAAGAUUUAAAAGAGAAAAUGGAGGACCAAAUAAAUAUGAAAUAACAAUUUCAUAAGUUGGUGAUUUUAAAAA